UUCCGCCAGAAUUCCAAGAAGGAAAUCGAGUGAAAGACCGUAAUCAAAUCAAAAUCUAAAAAUGGCGUCGUCUUGGAAGGUCAUGUCUAGGUUAUCGUCUCGGUUACAGUCUCCGACUCUCAAGCUCAACAAAACCUCACUCUCUGCUCUCCAAUCCACUUCAGAUUCUUCUGUUAGGCGCAUUUCUCGCGUCUCAAGGUUAGCAUUGGGGCUGAGUAGUGUAGGGUCGACGAUGCCGCUCCACAGCGCUAUAGCUUCGUCGCGAUUAAUAUCGAGCUUGGCUUCUGAGUCUGGGACUUGGAGUUUAGUUCCCCAAGGUAUCUCAAUGCCUUUAUGACAGCCUCCUUUGCAGUGAGUUUUUUGGAGAAGAACAAUGAUAGAAAUGUUGGGUUCAUGUUGAGGCCUUUCUCUUUUCUGUUUUCCAUGGUUUCAGAGGGAUAAGAUUUUGUAGUUCACCCUGUAUGUUUGAGGAAUGCGGAUUGCAAUUGACAUCGAUAUAUGCUUUGGUUCCUUUUGUUGACAGUUUCCCUUUUUUCCCCAAAUGUCUCUCAGCAUGGAUGAACUUUACAUAAUCAUGCUGAAGUGUUAUUCGUUAACUUUAAAAAAAGGUGAUCAGUCUUUCUUUCUGCCUUAUUUAUAAGCUUUAGUAAGCUCUUGAUCAUGUGUUAUACUGACGAGUGUCAAAGUUCUUUCCGGUAAUGGAAGUUAGCAUACUUGAGUGAAA